AUGACCUAGUGCUUCCUGCCCCCCACCAGCAGCCCCAGCGAGCACCGCAGGGCCGAGCACGGCAGCGGGCUGACCCGGACGCCCAGCUCCGAGGAGAUCAGCCCCACAAAGUUCCCUGGACUGUACCGCACGGGCGAGCCCUCGACCCCCCAUGACGCCCUGCACGAGCCCGCCGAUGCAGCGUCGGAGGAUGAGAAGGACCAUGGCAAGAAGAAAGGAAAGUUCAAGAAGAAGGAGAAGAGGACUGAAGGCUAUGCUGCCUUUCAGGAAGAUAGUUCUGGAGAUGAAGCUGAAAGCCCUUCCAAAAUGAAGAGGUCCAAGGGAAUUCAUGUUUUCAAGAAGCCUAGCUUUUCUAAAAAGAAGGAGAAGGAUUUUAAAAUAAAAGAGAAACCCAAAGAAGAAAAGCAUAAAGAAGAAAAGCACAAAGAAGAAAAGCAUAAGGAGAAGAAGUCAAAGGACUUGACGGCAGCUGACGUUGUCAAACAGUGGAAGGAAAAGAAGAAAAAGAAGAAGCCCAUCCAGGAGCCGGAGGUGCCUCAGGUGGAUGCACCCAGCCUCAGGCCUGUCUUUGGGAUUCCUCUGGCUGCUGCGGUGGAGAGGACCAUGAUGUGCGACGGCGUCCGCCUGCCGGCCGUGUUCCGCGAGUGUGUGGACCAUGUGGAGAAGCACGGCAUGAAGUGCGAGGGCAUCUACAGAGUGUCAGGAAUUAAAUCAAAGGUGGAUGAACUAAAAGCAGCCUACGACCGAGAGGAGUCUCCAAAUUUGGAAGAAUACGAGCCCAACACUGUCGCCAGCUUGCUGAAGCAGUACCUGCGAGACCUGCCAGAGAAUUUGCUUACCAAAGAGCUGAUGCCCCGAUUCGAAGAGGCCUGCGGGAGGGCCACGGAGAGCGAGAAAGUGCAGGAGUUCCAGCGCUUGCUCCAGGAACUGCCGGAAUUUAACUACCUUCUCAUUUCCUGGCUCAUUGUUCACAUGGACCACGUUAUUGCCAAGGAACUGGAAACGAAGAUGAACAUACAGAACAUCUCCAUCGUGCUCAGCCCCACUGUGCAGAUCAGCAAUCGUGUGCUGUAUGUGCUCUUCACACAUGUGCAAGAGCUCUUUGGAAACGUGGUACUAAAGCAAGUGACGAGACCUCUGCGGUGGUCGAACAUGGCCACCAUGCCCACGCUGCCAGAGACCCAGGCGGGUAUCAAGGAGGAGAUCCGGAGACAGGAGUUUCUUUUGAAUUGUUUACAUCGAGAUCUGCAGGGUGGGAUAAAGGAUUUAUUUAAAGAAGAAAGAUUAUGGGAAGUACAAAGAAUUUUGACAGCCCUCAAAAGAAAACUGAGAGAAGCUAAAAGACAGGAGUGUGAAACCAAGAUUGCACAAGAGAUAGCCUCAAAGGAGGACAUUUCCAAAGAAGAAAUGAAUGAAAAUGAAGAAGUCAUAAACAUUCUCCUUGCCCAGGAAAACGAGAUCCUGACGGAGCAGGAAGAGCUCCUGGCCAUGGAGCAGUUCCUGCGCCGGCAGAUCGCCGCCGAGAAGGAGGAGAUCCAGCGCCUCAGAGCCGAGAUUGCCGAGAUCCAGAGUCGCCAGCAGCAUGGCCGGAGCGAGACAGAGGAGUACUCCUCGGAGAGCGAGAGCGAGAGCGAGGACGAGGAGGAGCUGCAGCUCAUCCUGGAGGACUUGCAGAGGCAGAACGGCCACCAUGCCCACGCUCCAGAGGAGCUGGAGAUAAAGAACAACCACUUGAACCAGGCCGUUCAUGAGGAGCGCGAGGCCAUCAUCGAGCUGCGGGUGCAGCUGCGCCUGCUCCAGACACAGCGUGCCAGGGCCGAGCAGCCCGAGGACGAGGAGCCCCGCGACGGUGCGCCCGAGGCGAAGGCUGGCAAGGAGCCCGCGAAGCCGUCGCCCAGCAGAGACCGCCGGGAGACGCCCCUCUGAGCGCCCGGGCAGUGGCGCUGGAAGGUGCCUGUGGCCCAGAGUGCCCAGCGCCGCCGGCGCUGUCCCUUCUGUAAAGACGCCUUCUCUCCUCAGACUCCUCGUCACGUCGGCUCGUCAGGCUCAGGGUCCCAGGGACGGAGCAGCGGACGUUUUCCAGAUAGUGUCAGCUUAUGGGGAAUUAAUUUUCUUUGUUAACUUAAAAUAACUAUUUUAACCCUUGAGUGGCUUCUUUUUAAACCAAAAAAUCGUGUUUCUUUGCUUUUCUAUCACAGCAGAAUCAGGAUCUCAUUAAGGUGGGGACACCAAGCCAGGUCUCUGCGCCGCCUGUGGCUGCGGCCCCGGGCUCCUGCUUGUGCCUUUCACACCUCCUCGGUGCAGACCAUUCGGGGAGCUGCCUCCCUUGUGCCUGCCGGCCGGUGGCUCUCGGGUCCCUUUGCCCACUGUAGCCCUCCCACAGUUCUGAACCACAGUCCGCAGCCCGACACCAGGUGGCCUCGGUGGCAGGCGGAGGCUGCGUGGAGCAUGCCGGCCCUGCCCGCAGGCUCCGGCUACUCACUGCCAGUGAUCAGCGGAGGCCUUUGCACUGGGGCGGCCGGAGGCGGCCCGCUCGCCCGGAGGCAUCCACCCACCAAUGUUUCUCAAACCCGAAACCUUCCGCGUGACAGACCCUCCCGUCAGCAGUGACCUGGAUUGCUUGCUUGGGCUAGAAUGUACCCGUCUCUGCCUGAAUAAGCCAUAUGUAUGCUCCUACACCAAGGUAGGUCGUCCCUGCCCUUAGUGAGCCCGCUGAGGGACCCCGACGACAGGAUCGAGCAAUAGGAAGAGACGCCUCCUGGGGGUAACUGGGACGCCCCUUUUGCUUCUGGCCCGUCAGAUUAGAUGGCUGCUGGGAGGCUCCUGGGAGGCCAGGCUCCUGAGGCAGCUGCUCGCUGGCUGACCCCAGAGGCCGCCUGCAGCUCUGCAGACAGACCCCAUGCACCCCGAGGCCCUGUCCUCCUCCUGGUUAGUAUUUAUUUCCAGCACCUGUCUGAUGCGGUUUUUUAUCCUCUACCUAUUGCACUGUUGUGACUUGUCGGCCAUUAUUUGAUUUUUGUACGAAAAAAAGCUUUGUUAUAGAAAUCAGCAUACUAUUUUUUUAAAUCUGGAGAGAAGAUAUUAUGGUGACUGAAAUAUGGUCAGGUGUCAAAUAUAAAUGUAUAAACGCCU